CUUAAGUUCUUAGACGGCGCUAUUACAACUUAAUUGUGCUGAGCCCUGUUUUCCUUAAAAAAUUGGUGGCGCUCUUCGAAACCAUGCCUAUUCCAAAAGUUACAUGAAGUCUCCAUUUUGAUGCAAUAAUGUUGGUGUAUUUUUCACCUUUUUAGUCUGGCAUGUUACCCAAUCUGGAGUUGGUGGGCCAGCACUAGGGAGAGGAGGAGGUCACAAAAGUGAAUCACUAAACAGAGACGAUUGCAGACCUCUGAAAGAAUGCCACAGUUAAAGAAUGUGAAGAGCAACAACAGGAAAAGGAGAGGGCAAUCAACAAUGGAGAUAACCAUUACAGUGGAGGGAAGAAAAAGACAGCAGCUUAACAGAAGGCCGACCAAUUGGCAGUAGUAAUAGGCCCGUCCAUUGGUUCAAAGCAAGUUAAUGACAAUGCCCUACCGAGUAGCUGUCAUUGCUUAUUACAAGCCAAGAUUCAGUGGGAUAGACGAGACAGGAAUGGAUUAAAGGCAGUGUCAAUCAUGUGGGAUCAAAACAGACAUGAUAUAAGGGGUAAAGUUGCCUGAUUCUUGCAAGGUGCAAAGCAGUAAAGAAGGAUAAUGCCAAUACAGUUGAACAUGUAAACAAAAGUCGCAUGUGCGUAAGCAAAAACAGAAAUGUCAAACGACAAGAGGCUUGAAAUUAUUAAUUAUGAGCCCAACCAGGGAGAAAGCUGUCCCCAAUGGAAAAAUGCAAAGAAAUUGGCAAACAAUAAUGAACCAAACAAUGAAAAAGCAGCCACACUGCAACAAAAUAAAAAAAAUAAAAUGAUUCAAACAUGGAAAAAGUGGUGAUUCUGAGCCCCAACUGUACUGUAUACAUGUAUGUAAAUCAGCCGCACAAUGCCAACCGGAGCAUGGUUGCUUGCAACAAAUGUUCUGGCUGGUAUCAUUUGUUGAUACAUACCGGUAGAUCUUGAGCCAGAAGGCAAGGAUGAAUCAUUCAUGGAUAAUGUUACGUUUUAUUGCAGAAUGAAUGGUUGUAAUUCAGGAAAACUUUCAUUUUGAUCAGCUUCAGACAGCACAAGUGACAAUAAUGAAUUGGGCAUAACUUCCGUACGACACAAAAACCAAUUUCAGGUGAGUGAGUGAAACUCUCAGGAAACGAACGAUGAAGAUGAAAGACCAGGCGUAAAAAUACAUGUACAUGUAAACAGCACAAACACAAAAAGUUUUUAGAAAUACCCUUGAAAAGAGCAGAUGACAGUGAACAUUACAAUUGUAAGAUUAAAAGUUCAAAGUUGAGGAGGACUAAUAAUCCUUCCUUGAGGAGGACUCCUAAUCCUUCAUGGGAGGCAUCUGUACACAGAUGCCUCCCAUGAAGGAUUAGGAGCAGUACUCUACCAAGAACAGGACGGCAAGAAACAGGUUAUUGGCUAUGGAUCACGAACCUUGAGCCCUGCCGAAAGGAACUACCACCUACACUCUGGCAAGCUCGAGUUCUUGGCUUUGAAGUGGGCUGUUACUGAGCGAUUACUUGUACUACACACCCAGCUUCACCGUGUACACAGGCAAUAAACCACUCACCUACAUUCUCACCUCAGCCAAACUCAAUGCAACAGGGCACCGAUGGGUGGCAGAACUUGCCGAUUUUAACUUUAAGAUCAAGUACCGCCCCGGACGAAACAAUGCCGAUGCUGAUGUGCUGUCUCGACUCCCUUUGGAUAUUGAUGAGUAUAUGACCCAGUGUACCAGUGAGAUUACCACUGAUCACAUCAGUGCUGCAACCCAGGCUAUCACCGUGAGAGAGUCAGUCUUCUGUCCCUGGGUGACGGCAGUAACGUGUGUGCCACAUAACCCGGAUGAUGAGAUGACUCCAAUCAAGAAAGUCAGUAAGCCAGAGCUGAGGGCAGCUCAGGAGCAGAUGAAAUUAUUCGUCCUGUUCUCCAUCAUGUGAGUAAUACAUGUAGAUGGCAACUGGGCAGAUGUGACCGGAUUGGACGACACCCAGACACCACUAUUCUCCUUCGUGACUGGCACAAGCUCGGCAGAGACGAAGAUGGGGUCUUAUAACGCAGAUCAGGUGGAAGGUGCCAGGUUGUUCUUCCUCGCAAGUAUCACCGCCUGGUUUACAGAGAGCUGCAUGAGGAGAUGGGCCACCUAGGGGCUGAACGUGUCAUACAUCUGGCAUGUGACCGUUUUUAUUGGCCCCAUUUGCAAAUGGACAUUGAACACUUCGUCACAACCCCUCCGUAGGAUUGUUACGACGGCACCCUUUGAAGUUUUCUCCAUCGAUUUUGUCCACCUGGAGAAGAGCGUCGGGGGGGGGUAUGAAUACAUUCUGGUGCUCGUUGACCACUUUACCCGGUUUGCACAAGCUGACCCGACAACUAAUAAGUCUGGCCGGACUGCAGGUGACAGAAUCUUUAAUGAUUAUGUCCUCAGAUUUGGAUUCCCGCACAAACUGCAUCAUGAUCAAGGGAGGGAGUUUGAAAAUCAGCUAUUUCAAAGGCUACAGAAGCUAAGCGGUAUCACACCAUCACGAACAACUCCCUAUCACCCCCAGGGCAAUGGCCAGGUCGAGCGGUUCAGUCGUACGUUACUGGGAAUGUUGCGGAUCCUACCAGAAAAAGACAAGUCACACUGGAAGGAAUCGGUGAACAAGAUGGUCCACGCAUAUAACUGCACUCGUUCGGAUGCAGUGGGUUUUUCACCUUUCUUCCUCCUGUAUGGUCGACAACCGCGCCUACCCAUUGACCUCGCCUUUGGCUUACACAAGAAGGUGGGAUUUCCCCAAGAUCACCAAAAGUACAACCAGCGUUGGAAGAAGCAAAUGGCAGAAGCAUACGAGUUGGCUCGGCAGAGUGCUGCAAAGUCUGCUGCUCGUGGUGAAUCCAACCAUGAUCGAAAGGUGUCCUCCAACCUGGUGACAGAGUCCUAGUGCGGAACCUCAAUGAAACUGGAGGACCAUGUAAGCUCCGAGCCCACUGGGAAAAAGAAGUCCAUUCUGUGGUGAGGCAACUGGGUGACAACUUGCCUGUAUACGAAUUGGUCCCCGUGAAUGGAAGGGGAAGGAGACGGACCCUCCAUAGAAACCUGUUGUUGCCAUGCAACAAUCUCAUUGUGGAGGAAGAGACAGCACCAAGGCAACCACCACCACGACCAGCCCCACGGACACAGAGCCAAGUUGUCCAGGACUCUCGACUCGGAGAGGACCACUCCAGUAGCUCCGUUGAGGAGUAUGUAGACUUCGUCCAUACACCACAACAGCGGUCCUCCCAUGAAGUGCCCCCAGUCCCUGCCCCCAGUCCCUGCCCCCAGGAGAGAACGGUACACUAAACCACUCAACCAUGAGACAGAGUUUAUUCCAGCUGCAAACCAGAGGACAACACAUAGAACUGAUAGGCACUUUGCGGCAAUGCGUCAUACCGAUGCCCCCUCGUCAGCAGACGCCCAUUUUCCAGCCGACGCCCCCAUCACUGCCAAUGCUCCCACUACAGCCGACAGCCACCCUCCAGCCGGUGCCCUUGCACCAGCAGACACCCCAGAACAAGCAAACACACCGGGACCAGCCAGUGCAUUAGGACCAGGCGAGGCAUCAGAACCAGCAAAUGUACCAGUGCCAGACGAUGCAUCAGAACCAGCCAGUGCACCAGGACCAGCCAAUGCAUUAGAGCCAGCCAACGCAGUGGAACCAGCUCACGCGCCGGAACCCGCCGAUCUACCAGGUCCAGACAAUGCACUGGAACUAGCCUCUUCAUCAAGGCCAGCCCACGCACCGGGACCAGCCAACUCAGCCAGACCAGUCAAUACACUGGGACCAGUUGCAACAGGACCAGGGAACACCAGCAAGCCACCUGACGCUCUAGACCCUGCAUUUACAAAGCACCGCAGCUACGCGACAAGGCAUCGACAACCCCCACAGCCUUUGACCUAUCGACAGUUAGGUGAGUCACAACAGCACCAAGGAGAGGUCAACACCAUUGACUGGAGGAAUGGCCCACCUUUUCAAUACCCAAUGUUGCCGUGGCCUCAUCCCCUGAUGACAGGACCUGCACCCUGCACCAUGUGGCCACAAAACUUGAUGCCAUGGGCUACCCCAAUGACGACACCCGCUUGUAACUCUACUGGAUGCAGAUGCAACCAUGAUAACUGUGGUCCCCGCCGUCAGUAACAUGCAAAGGCACCACACAAAGCAAAGACUUUGGGUUCCUCAUGUUCAACAACAUGUGGUGCUAAUUAAGGGGACACUUGUUGAAUUAUUAGCAUGGACUAAUUGGUCACUUUUCCAUUGUAGGCUUGCGUUGAUGUUGAGGACAACAUUAAAUUUUCCUGGGGAGAGUGUAGAGGACCCAUGCAAGAUACACAUAGAGGGUCCCUUCCUUUUUUGUUGUGGCCCAAGGUUCUACAGGCACCCCCUUAUUUUUUUGUACCCUCACAACUGUUUAUUUGGUGCCACAUAUAAACCACUGUUGUAUGUGUAAGCUUUCUCUAAGCAGGAAACAGUCACAGACUUUCAAGUAAAAGAUGAUGCAACUUCCUGUCAGGCACUGGGAGGUUGGUGUGGGAGCCUUUGUUCUGGGGCCAUUCUAUCCCCAGACUUCAAGGAGUGCAGAACAUUGACCCUACACCAAGCUCAACCAGUGUCUGAUUGCUUUCAUUCUUUACAGAAUACUGGAGAUAGAUUAAUGUACACCCCUGGGUAACUUUUAGCGGGUUUACUCCGGGUGUAACAAUAUGGAUGAGGGCAAAGUUUCCAUUCUGGUUUUUCUUGAUCAAAAUCUAAUUGAUUUUAACUAUGGUACAUGUAGGUCUUAUUUAUUUCUUAUUUAUUUAUUUAUUCAUUUAGAUAUGUAUUUCUUUAUUUAUA